UUUGAUAGGCAUGUUUGAAAAAUUAAGCUCAUUUCAUUAGAUUUGCCACACUGUCUAGGCCAGGAGUUAACCCAACAUUUUCACCGUCGACAAUAUUUAACAUUGGGGGCACGAAUAUGUCGAACGAUGUUUGCUUUGAAACUACUAUGGCACUUCGUGCAAGUCCUUGGCCCCGUAGAAUUGACGUAGCCUGCCAAGGCGACGUCGGAAGCUUCCGACUUUCCGAGUCAUAAUUUUUGGGCCGCAAUCCUCAAUCCGCGCCAAACUUCUGUCCGGCUGUGUUCUGAUGCCCGCACGCCUCUUUCGUUUUCCAAAUGUACAUUUCGCACGAAAAUUCACCUCACACCCCCGCGUAUCGCAAGCUCAGGCGCAGACGGCUGCUGCAGAGAGCAGUCAUCCUCUUUCCGCGCUGAAUACAGGCACCCCGUCGUUCUACGCUCGCAAGGCUACCACUACAAUGGAGACCACUAUAUUUCCUGUAAACCCGGACAAGCUGGGUAAGUUGAAGAUACAGGAGGCGGAUAAGCAGGAUCGAUUGAUCGAAGAGUGGGACAUUGAGUACGCGCAAGGGCAAGACUAUGAAAGUCUGCAGCGCGCGGCAAAAGAGCUGAAAGAGACGGAUACUCCAGUCGCAUUCCCAACAGAAACAGUGUAUGGUUUAGGCGCGGACGCAACGCGCAGCUCAGCUGUGCGUGCCAUCUUCGCUGCGAAGGGACGUCCUGCGGACAACCCUCUGAUCGUGCACGUUCACUCGCUAUCACAACUACGGUCUUUGCUUCGAGGAAGCGCGGAUUCUCCGGAGACCGCAGUGGACCCCAUUCCAGAAAUAUAUAAGCCAUUGAUCAAGAAGUUUUGGCCUGGUCCUCUCACAAUGAUAAUGCCAAAUCCUAAGGACUCGCAACUGGCUCCAGAAGUCACCGCAGGACUAAGCACGUUUGGUGCACGAAUGCCGCGCAGCAUCCUCGCGCUUGCGCUUCUCAGACUAUCCACCGUCCCGCUCGCAGCGCCUUCGGCGAAUGCAUCGACAAGACCGUCACCCACUGCUGCCGAACAUGUAAAAGACGACCUGGAAGGACGGAUAUCCACGAUCAUAGACGGCGGACCAUGCGAGGUCGGUGUUGAAAGCACGGUCGUAGACGGUUUGUCGCACCCGCCGUCUAUCCUGCGCCCCGGCGGCAUCACUGUCGAACAACUGCGGCAGUGUGCGGGGUGGGAGGAUGUAGUGGUGGGAUACAAGGACAAACACGAGCAGGACAUCAAGCCUCGAGCGCCGGGCAUGAAGUACAGGCAUUACUCACCGAAGGCGACGGUAGUGCUGUACGAGUCGGGAACCCCGGCUCCAGCUGUGAAGGGGCUAUUGGAUAAGGUCGCAGGACGGAAGAGCGUGGGAAUUGUGCGGACGAAGACGUGGGCGAAGAACCUGGGUCUCGCAGUUACCGAAAAGAAUGACGCUGUUGAUGCACAUACGAACGGGAUUUCGAGCUCAAUGGGAGGAGCACAGCAGGAUCCAUCGCACACUCCUGAGUCGAAUCUUUUGCGCUCGGUCAGACAACACCAAGUUCCUCACGCUGUACAUUGCACAUUCCAGCGCGAUUCAGAUCAAGGUCCGCUAUCUAUAUGGGACAUUGGACUAGGCAUAGCGACCGAAGACGUAGCGAGAGGCCUUUUCUCGGCGCUACGAGAGCUAGACAAGAAAGGAGUGGAUAUCAUUUUGGUUGAGGGGAUCGACGAUAAGAUAGGCGAUGACAUAGCGGCGGCGGUAAUGAAUCGCUUGAGGAAAGCCGCUGAGAUAAGAAUCUAAUGCUUAACUCUUCGAAAUAUACAAGCAGUCGCUGGAGAGAAGACUCCUCGUGCCUGUUCCUGCUGCGCAUGGACACUGUCUCUCUAUGCCAACCACCUAGUUUUCCCCGCUCUUGUCCUGGAACCAGUCCCUUCUCCUUCAUUAGCCCCAUCAAUCUCGAUAUGUCUA